GCGGAAAAAACGUUAAAAUGACCGAGAAAGUCGGAAUUGUUCGUGAGAAAGCUUCUGACAGCCGUGGGUCGCUGUCUCAGGGUGAGAGCAUCCACGCGUAACGAUUGGAGAAGGGACGGAGUGGCAGGUGGACGGCCCGGAUGAGUCCGGUCUGGCCGGGAAGCACGACGUCACACCAACUGUACCUGCGGUUACGGGCAGAUGCCCGUGGGGCGCUCUCUGUCGCAUCGCGCUGUGGGCAGAGGGGAGCGUUCUCGUUUCCCUUCCCCCCAAGGCCAAGGCGGGGAUGGAGGAGGAGAAAAAAUCAUCAUCGUAAAUGGCGGAGAUUUGGUGCGAGACGGAGACGGUGACGGCGGCGGCGGCCUCCUGCGAGCCCAGCCCGCGCACGGCUAGGCGGCGGAGGAAGGAGAUCCAGCGAUUCAGGUUCGUGAACGGCGCGGAGUCGAUGGCGCCGGACGAGGAGUUCUGCCGGAAGAGGCAGAGAUUCGACUGCACUGCGUCCACGCCAGGGGUGCUGCAGAAGGGUUUCGGUAGCGAAGUGGAGGAGCCGGAGUCGGAGACGAAUUUGAAUGGGAGUCGAGGACUUCUGGGGGCGAGCUCGGUGGAGUUGGGGCCCUCCGAUGGAUGCCCGAGGUAUGGGGUGAUCGCCAUCUGCGGCCGGAGGAGGAACAUGGAGGACGCUGUUUCCGUCCGCCCGGAUUUCCUCCGGCGUGGUAGUGGGGCUUCCGAGAGAUACCAUUUCUUCGGUGUCUUCGACGGCCAUGGAUGUUCGCAUGUGGCCGUAUCGUGCAAGGACCGGAUGCACGAGAUGGUGGCGGAGGAGGCGGAGAGGGUGAGAUGUUGUCCUCUGCCGCCGGCCGAGGAGUGGAGGGAGGUGAUGGAGCGGAGCUUCUGCCGGAUGGACGAAGCGGUGGCGAGGGGGUGGGACAGGCCACGGAACGCCAGCUGCCGGUGCAAGAUGCAGACGCCCAGGAGCGAGCAUGUGGGCUCCACGGCUGUGGUGACCGUGGUGGGUCCCAACCGGAUCGUCGUCGCCAACUGCGGCGACUCCCGGGCCGUUCUAUGCAGGAAUGGCGUCCCCAUCCCCCUCUCCUCCGAUCACAAACCGGACCGGCCGGACGAGCUGGAGAGGAUCCAGGCGGCGGGGGGACGGGUGAUCUACUGGGACGGGGCCAGGGUUCUCGGAGUGCUGGCCAUGUCCCGGGCCAUCGGGGAUAGUUAUCUGAAGCCGUAUGUGAUGGCGGAACCGGAGGUGACGGUGACAGAGAGGGAGGAAGGAGACGACUGCCUGAUCCUGGCGAGUGACGGGCUGUGGGACGUGGUCACCAACGAGAUGGCGUGCGAUAUCGCUCGGAUGUGCCUCAGCGCACCACCAGCCGAUGGGGAGAGCGGGUCGAACAGGGCGUGCUCUGAGGCGGCGGUGCUGCUGACCAAGCUGGCGAUUGCGAGGCAGAGCGCCGACAACGUCAGCGUGGUCGUCGUCGAUCUCAGGACAAAUUCGUAGCUCUUGCUGCUGCUGCUACCGGUCGUCGCGGAGGACUACAUGGUUGCGGCUUGAGUUAGAAGUUUAGAUUUAAAAUCUACAAAAAGAAUGUUAUACUUUAAACGUAAGAAAAAAAUCGUUGGUGCUGGUAUCCUAUGAUUGCAGUUAAAAUCUGAAGCAUAGAGCUGGGAGUUUGCAGGAAAGGCGGAGAAAAAAGAAUAGGUAAUUUGAAGGGUAUAAGAAAGACAUGUCUGAAUUUUUCUUUUCUUUUCUUUUUUUUUGUACUCAUCAAGUUUGAUAGGAGAAUUCUUGUCCAAAUGAAAGAAACCAUGUUUCCUUUUUUUUUUUCCCUCUUCGUAAAAUGAACGAACGAGGAUAAGAGGAUCGGACAUUUGUUUUCGAUACUACAGCACUGAGAAAGCAUUUACUCAAUAUCGAGCUGGUUGUAAUUUGAGGAUUCCUCGUACGAGGAAUUUAAAAAAUUGGAUUGCAGCGUU